AUGUUGCUGGAGGCCUCCAGAGCACUGGGGAAGGACCCCCAAGCAAUGGUGUACAAGGGAUCAAGAAUAAUGCUCUUUCAGGACUUCUCUUUGGUCGUGAUACACAAGAAGAAGACAUUUGACAAAGUAAAGACGCUGAUCGAACCGCUGGCGGAAGCUAUCCAGAUGGACCCCAGUAUAACGGCCCCGGAGUCCACUACAGUUCCUCCAAAGAAACCAGACCCUGUGACAUCAGAAACGGUGGUUUUCUGGGGACUGCGACUAUGGCAGGUGAUCGGAGUCUUCUCCAUUUUCGUCUUGGCCGUCAUAAUUGUACUGUGCUGUAUCUUCAAGUGCAGAAUUCCCAGAACGAAGAAGGAGAUUGAAGCACGUUAUGCCCAGCGCCAGGCUGCAAAGAGGUAUGCCAACACCUUGGAUAAUGUUCCACCACUCAACGAACUGACAGAGAUGCCAGGAGAUUCCUCUGACACUAUCCCUUUGCAAACUGUCUCUGGUCAACUCCAGCACAGAUCUGUCCACUCUCUACCUGUCCUUCAGGAGGAAGAUGAAAUGGCACCCCUUUGA